AAAGUUUUAGAGCCUCUCUCUACUCUAACCCCUCUCUCUAACAAAACACGUGGUUUUAUGUUGAGCGUCGUUAAGAUUGAGUUAGUUCCACUUCCGGUUUCCACAUGGUAUAAAACUCGAGUAAUCAGGUCGAGUAAUCAGGUAAAUAGAAGUGAAAAAAUUAAAAAAAAAAAUGAUCAAAUCCCUUUGAAAAGAAAGAGAGAGAAAAUAACGCGAAGUUGAAUUGAGUUGAAGCUGAAACUGUGGUUUUCGCGUGUGUUGUCGGAGUAACCCAGUGGUGCGAAAUUCUUCAUUACCAACUUGUAACAACCAGAAGAACAUCUCACGUCUAUUUCACUUCUUGUUUUGAUCUUCAUUCCCAAUGCAAACUCCGGACGACAUCCGCAACCUCCCAAUCGACAUCACCUUUUCCCGUCUCGGAGAAUGGUUGGUCGAUCGCAAGAGAGUACCUUCUGAUUGGAGGAAGCGCGUGGCCGCAAUCAGGGCUCGAAUUUCCAACGAAUUCUCGUCCCUCCCUAAGGAUUCUGAUCCCCUUUUUCAAACCCUAGACCCUGAAGGGAUUGGUUAUGUAGAGGCGAAACAGAUAUAUGAUACUCUCUUGAAGUCUAAUACGGAAAGCAGGAAUAUAUUUGGUCGCUUAUCUGGUGCUGCGGGUGCAUGGGAAGCAAUUGUGCGAUCUUUUGAGAAAGACCAUGUUUUCCUUGGUGAGGCUGCUCUUAUUAUCACCCAAAAUGUGAAUUAUGAAAUUCCUUAUCAGAGGAAACAGGUGCAGAAGAUUCAACAGCAGCUGGCAGAACUUGAUCGCAAGGAGACUGAUAUAAAAAGAAGUGCUGCAUUCUUGGCAGCCAAAUAUGUUGAAGCUUGUCAGGAGCUUGGCCUACAGGGGAAAAAUGUUAGAUUAGAGCUUUUGGAGACAGCAAAAUCACUUCCAAGUACAUUUAGCAGGAUAUUGGAUAUUGGGAAUAGUGACAACCUUUCACAGGCAAUAGAAUAUUAUUGUAAUUUUGUCAGAGAUGCUCACACCGAAAGAGAUAGAUCUUCGGAAGCUGUACUACAAAACUUGAGGAAUGUGCGUGAAAAUCCUCCAUCUUUAAAUAUUGCUGUUGACUCUGAGGUUAUUAAUAUUGUUGGUGUUCACUCAAGUGACAAGGAGACAAAUCCUGUAGUAGGCUGUGUGGAAGUUGCUGCUCCUGACAUUGACUGGGAUAUUUCAGUGGAAAGUUCACAAAUUGAUUGGGAUAUCGGAACCGUAGAAGAAACCGAGGAUUCCGGAAAUGGCAUGGGUCCAUUUGAAAUCAUUAAUGCCUCCGAGGCCAUACAGACUUCUUCAUCAACUGAGGAUGUUGAAUCUGAUCCAACAAUAUCAAAUGAAGAACUAGGCGCACAUGCAGAUAUAUGCUGGGAUAUUAGUGUUGAGUCUGCUCAAGUUGAUGUGAUUGACAAUGCGAAUGCAUCAAAUGCAGUGCCGGACAAUCAGACUCCUCUUUCAGAUGCCUUAUCUCAGUUAACAGUGAACAAGGAAGGAAGGAGCCAGCUUUUAGACACGGAAUACAGAAAUAAGAUUCUCGAUGAUCUCUAUGAGAUGAAAUCCUUCUUAAAUCAACGGUUAGCUGAGUUGAAGAAUGAGGAAACUUUGUCGCUACAAAAUCAAGUACAGGCAGUUUCUCCUUUUGUACUACAGCAGUAUGCUGCUGAUACUAUAGACACUAUGCAAAGUGAUAUUUCUUUGGCAAUUUCAUUGCUUACAAAUAGGAAGACAAGGGAUCUGAUUAUGAUUCUCAACUCCAAAAGAUUUCUAGACAGACUAGUGAACUCUUUGGAGGAAAAGAAACAUCAUGAAGUCAAGUUGGAAGAGGGGCUAAAGGACUUGGCUACUAAGCGCAUGGAGCUACAAAAUUCAUUAUCUUCAUUGUGGCCAAAACAAGACGCUGCCGUGGCUAAAACAAAGGAACUGAAAAAACUGUGUGAGAACACACUUUCAUCCAUGUUUGAUGGAAGACCAGUUAAUAUAAUUGGAGAGAUCAACACCAUUCUGACCAGUGGUCUCGGAGCAUGAAGAUCUGAUUGAAGAAAUGGAGCUUUCAAGUGGAUAAUGACUAAAGUUUUAGUAACAGAAAAGUGGGUUUUAAGGUGUAGAGCCUUUUCCUGCUAUGUUUUGUUUUUAUUUUCACAUUUCCGGUUCUUUUUUUGACGUAAACAUUACUUUUAUAAUGCAAAUGAUCCAUAGUUAUAAUUCUUUCCCGACUUGUUAUAAAUGAAGCAACCUUGGUAAUUUGUCA